UGGAAGUUGCAAGAGUUCCUGGCCCAUGAGAGUACCGUCAACUGCUUGGCUUUAGGCAGAAAGUCGGGAAGAGUCAUGGUCACCGGGGGAGAGGACAAAAAAGUCAAUCUAUGGGCUGUUGGCAGACCCAACUGUAUUAUGAGUCUGAACGGUCAUACCACAGCUGUAAUGUGUGUGAAAUUUGGUCGUUCAGAAGAUACAGUCUGUGCUGGGUCUGUGUCAGGGUCAAUGAAGUUGUGGGACUUGGAGGCCACAAAAAUCUUGAGAACUCUAACUGGGCAUAAAUCCAGUGUGAAAUGUGUGGACUUCCAUCCUUAUGGAGAAUUCCUUGCUUCAGGAUCCCAGGACAACACUCUCAAACUUUGGGACAUGAGGAGAAAAGGAUGUAUUCGAACAUAUAAGGGUCACAGUCAGGCAGUAAAUACCUUAAAGUUCAGUCCAGAUGGUAGAUGGAUUGUUUCUGGAGGAGAAGAUGGAGUGAUAAAGCUGUGGGAUCUUCCAAGUGGGGAAGUGUUAACAGAAUUUAUUGGACACACUGGGUCCAUUGCUGAAGUUGAGUUUCAUCCAAAUGAAUUUCUUUUGGCAAGUGGGAGUUCUGACAGAUCUAUAAAGUUCUGGGAUUUGGAAAAUUUUCAGCUAAUUUCUUCAACGGGUGCAGAUAGUGGGCCUGUAAG